CAUUUGCAAAUUCCCAUCCUUUCACAGACUGUCCCAUAUCCAAAUGUGACCAUGUCAACCAUCGCGGCAUCAGCAUUAAGGCAGGCAUCACGCCUAGUAUGCCGACCUUCGGCGUCAACUGCCUCGUGGCAGGCUAUUCGCAGCGGUGCGAGGGCUUCGGGCGCUGCAUCAUUACGCAAGUCUGCCCCGGCCAGGACGUACGUGUCGGAGAGCAAGAGAGAUAAUGCUCAGGUCGCCGAAGCGAACAUCGAAACAGCCAUUCAUCUUGACAAGAAGGACUUUGAAAGGAUCGGAUUGUCGAUGGAAUCACAGGGAGGCUCCGACGUCGCCGUGUCGCCCAUGGCUGAGAUAUUGAAAGGCGCUGCUGUCAUGGAAGAAGGACAACGGCCAAUAUAUCUCGACAUGCAGGCUACCACCCCAGUUGACCCGCGUGUUCUGGACGCCAUGUUGCCUCUCUACGUUGGCGUGUACGGCAACCCGCACUCUCGAACACACGCUUACGGAUGGGAGAGUGAGAAGGCUGUUGAGGACGCCAGAGCUCACGUUGCUUCUCUGAUCGGCGCCGACCCAAAGGAGAUUAUCUUCACCAGCGGUGCGACUGAGAGCAACAACAUGAGCAUCAAAGGUGUGGCGAGGUUUUUUGGCCGAUCCGGCAAGAAGAAGCACAUCAUCACGUCACAGACAGAGCACAAGUGCGUGCUCGACAGCUGUAGGCAUCUUCAGGAUGAGGGCUUCGAGGUCACGUACCUGCCUGUCCAGAACAGUGGACUGGUUGACCUGAAGGAGCUUGAAGCUGCCAUGCGUCCUGAUACGGCUCUCGUCAGCAUAAUGACGGUCAACAACGAGAUAGGUGUGAUCCAGCCAGUGGAGCAGAUUGGCAAGAUGUGCAGGGAGAGGAAGAUUUUCUUCCACACAGAUGCCGCGCAAGCUGUGGGCAAGAUCCCUAUGGACGUCAACGCAAUGAACAUUGACUUGAUGUCCAUUUCUGGGCACAAGAUUUACGGCCCCAAGGGUAUCGGCGCAUGCUAUGUUCGUCGACGCCCGAGGGUCAGACUUGACCCCAUUAUCAGUGGUGGCGGCCAAGAGCGAGGACUCAGGAGCGGCACGCUAGCGCCUCCCUUGAUUGUUGGCUUUGGCGAGGCCUGCCGUAUCGCCAAGCAGGAGAUUGAAUACGAUUCGAAGCGAAUCAAGUACCUCUCUGACAGGCUACUCAAGGGACUUUUGUCCAUGGAGCAUACCAGCCAGAAUGGACACCCGGAUCACUUUUACCCGGGCUGCGUCAACGUCUCAUUCGCCUAUGUUGAGGGCGAGUCUCUGCUAAUGGCACUCAAGGAUAUUGCCUUGUCUUCUGGCAGUGCCUGCACUUCGGCGUCCCUCGAACCCAGCUAUGUCUUGCGAGCUCUGGGUAACAGCGACGAGAGUGCUCAUUCGAGCAUCCGGUUUGGUAUUGGCCGCUUCACCACUGAGCGGGAGAUCGACUACGUUCUCAAGGCUGUACAGGAGCGUGUGUCGUUCCUCAGGGAGCUCAGUCCUUUGUGGGAGCUUGUGCAAGAGGGAGUGGAUCUGAACACCAUUCAAUGGAGCCAGCACUAA